GCUGAAACAAUGGUCUUUACCGACUCUUCUUCUCGCAUCAGGAAUUUGUAACAUGCCAUAUUUUUACCAAUGGGUAUAUCUGGAGAACCAAAUGUCACCACGGAACAGGGCAAUUUCAAGUUUUUGAAAAUGCCAGCGGUUUAUGCCUCCGCACAUUUCAUCGGAGCUUUCUUGUCGCUGCGUUUUGCCAUUGGAGCUUGAUCCUAGGACUGGAUUGGCCGCUAAUGGUCCCAGCUGUGCGAUUUCGUUAGCUCGCGGAGACCGCAGUUGUCAUUGAUCCAUUGAAGGAGCCUACAUACAGUAAAAGGAAAGGAAAAAAACGGUGAGAUGAUGUGCGAGGUGAUGCCCACCAUCAGCGAGGACACGGCGCUGAGCCAGCGGGGCUCCCAGAGCAGUACCUCGGAUCCAGACUCCCACUUUGAGCAGCUGAUGGUCAACAUGCUGGAUGAGAGAGACCGCCUGUUGGACACGCUGAGGGAGACCCAGGAGAGCCUGGGGAUGUCCCAGCAGCACCUGGAGGACGUUAUCUACGACCGUGACUCACUGCAGCGCCAGCUCAGCUCCGCCCUGCCACAGGAGUUUGCAGCCCUGACCAAGGAGCUGAACGUGUGCAGAGAGAACCUUCUGGAGAAGGAGGAGGAGAUCUCUGAGCUCAAGGCCGAGAGGAACAACACCAGGUUGCUUCUGGAGCAUCUGGAGUGCCUGGUGUCCAGGCAUGAGCGGUCACUACGUAUGACCGUGGUCAAGCGGCAGGCCCAGUCCCCCUCAGGCGUGUCCAGUGAGGUGGAGGUCCUCAAAGCACUCAAGUCCCUGUUUGAGCACCACAAGGCUCUAGACGAGAAGGUGAGGGAGAGACUGCGGGUGUCGCUAGAGAGGGUCUCUGCAUUGGAGGAGGAGCUAACAUCAGCCAACCAGGAGAUUGUGGCCUUACGGGAGCAGAAUGCCCACAUCCAGAGGAAGGUGGCGUCAGGGGACGGGUCAGAGGACAUGCUGGAGGGCACUGAUGCCAGCCAGAAGGUACAUAGCAAGCGCCUGUCCAACGGCUCCAUGGAGUCGGCCCAUGAGGCCGGCCAGGUGGUGGAGCUGCAGGACCUGCUGGAGAAGCAGAACUAUGAGCUGGCCCAGAUGAAGGAGCGCAUGUCCUCCCUGUCGUCCCGCGUCUCCGAGGUGGAGCAGGAGCUGGACACCGCGCGCAAGGACCUCAUUAAGACAGAGGAGAUGAGUACCAAGUACCAGAGGGACAUCAAAGAGGCUAUGUGUCAGAAGGAGGACAUGGAAGAGAGGAUCGUCACUCUGGAGAAGCGGUACCUCAGCGCCCAGAGAGAGUCCACCUCCCUGCACGACAUCAGUGACAAACUGGAGAAUGAGCUGGCCAAUAAGGAAGCCUUCCUCAGACAGAUGGAGGAUAAGAACAGGCAGCUGCUGGAGCGUUUGGAGAUUGCAGAGCAGAAGCUGCAGCAGACCAUGAGAAAGGCUGAGACCCUGCCAGAGGUGGAGGCUGAGCUGGCCCAGAGGAUAGCAGCACUCACCAAGGCAGAGGAGCGUCACGGCAGUAUCGAGGAACGCAUGAGGCACCUGGAGGGCCAGCUGGAGGAGAAGCACCAGGAGUUGCUCAGAGCUCGGCAGAGAGAAAAGAUGAACGAGGAACACAACAAGCGCCUGUCGGACACAGUGGACAGACUUCUUACAGAGUCCAACGAACGCCUUCAGCUCCACCUGAAAGAGAGGAUGGCUGCUCUGGAAGAGAAGAACGUUUUAAUACAAGACUCGGAAGGCUACAGAAAACAGUACGAGGAUUCAAUCCAUGAAAAAACUCAUCUGGCAGAUGAGAUAGACAAGCUGAGAUCAGAGUUGGACCAGUUCCGACUGAGAACAGGCUCACUCACAGAACCCACUCUGUCACGGUCUCACCUGGACACAUCGGGGGAGCUCCGAUUCUCCCUUGGCUCCCUGGCUGAGACCCAGUCAGACCACUACCGGUCAGCCAAGGUCAUCCGCAGGCCCAGGAGAGGACGCAUGGGUCUCCACAGGGACGAGAGCAAGGCUAAGUCACUGGGGGAGCACGAGUGGCGCUCUCAGCAGCUAGGCAUCCUGGGUAGCCACCCCUUUGAGAGUGAGAUGUCUGACAUGUCGGACAUUGAUGACGAUGACCGGGAGACCAUGUUCAGCUCCAUGGACCUGCUGUCCCCCGGCGGUCACUCAGACGCCCAGACCCUAGCCAUGAUGCUGCAGGAGCAGCUGGACGCCAUUAACAAAGAGAUACGACUGAUCCAGGAAGAGAAGGAGUCGACAGAGCUACGGGCAGAGGAGAUAGAGAACCGCGUGGCCAGCGUCAGCCUCGAGGGUCUCAACCUCGCCCGUAUGCACCACCCCGGAGCCUCCAUCACCGCUUCGGCCACCGCCUCCUCCCUGGCCUCUUCCUCCCCGCCCAGCGGACACUCCACCCCCAAGCUGGACCACCGCAGCACCACAGACAUGGAGCGCAUGGGUAUCAUGACACUGCCCAGUGAUCUGAGGAAACACAGGAGAAAGGUACAUGUAAUAACAGUGUUGUACGAUGACGGCCAGGACAAGGCUACCAUCAAGUGUGAGACGUCCCCUCCUCCCAUACGGUUGUACGCAUUGACCCGCACACUGCCAGCCUCCUCACACAACGAGGCCCGAGGUAUGAUUAUAGUCAUUGCUGCCAACCUGGAGGCAGAGGCCAGUGCUCUGAGCAGCGUAGCCAGCAGUCAGGACUCCAUCAACAAGCAGCCCAAGAAGAAGGGCAUCAAGUCCUCCAUCGGACGCCUGUUUGGCAAGAAGGAGAAGACCAGACUGGCACAGCUGCAUGCCCACAGGGAGGCCAUCGGGCAGAGCCACGGAGUAUCUGAUCCAGACCUGGGUCAGGACAUGGCUGUGGGGAAGCUGGGGACUCAGGCUGAGAAAGACCGCCGGCUGAAAAAGAAGCACGAGUUGUUGGAAGAGGCGAGGAGGAAAGGCUUACCUUUCGCCCAAUGGGACGGCCCCACAGUGGUGGCCUGGCUGGAGCUGUGGCUGGGGAUGCCCGCCUGGUACGUGGCGGCGUGUCGUGCCAACGUGAAGAGCGGUGCCAUCAUGUCGGCCCUGUCGGACACAGAGAUCCAGAGGGAGAUUGGCAUCAGUAACCCCCUGCACCGCCUCAAACUACGCCUGGCCAUCCAGGAGAUGGUGUCCCUCACCAGUCCAUCUGCCCCGCCAACCUCCAGAACCCCGUCAGGCAAUGUAUGGGUGACCCACGAGGAAAUGGAGACCCUCGCAGCACCCUCCUCCAAAACGAGGUCCGGGGAGUCCGAGGAGGGGAGCUGGGCGCAGACUCUAGCGUAUGGUGACAUGAACCAUGAGUGGAUAGGGAACGAGUGGUUGCCCAGUCUAGGACUACCUCAGUACCGCAGCUACUUCAUGGAGUGCCUGGUGGACGCCCGUAUGCUGGACCACCUCACCAAGAAGGACCUCCGGGUGCAUCUCAAAAUGGUGGACAGCUUUCACAGGACGAGUUUGCAGUAUGGUAUCAUGGGUCUGAAGAAGCUCAACUAUGACAGGAAAGAGCUGGAGAGACGCAGAGAGCACAGCCAGCAUGAAAUGAGAGACGUGCUGGUGUGGAGCAACGAGCGGGUGAUUCGCUGGGUCCAGAGCAUCGGCCUAAAGGACUAUGCCAACAUCCUGCUGGAGAGCGGCGUGCACGGGGCCCUGGUCGCCCUCGAUGACAACUUUGACCACACCAGCCUGGCGCUGCUCAUCCAGAUCCCCAACCAAAGCACUCAGGCACGUCAGAUUCUGGAGAGGGAAUAUAAUAACCUGCUAGCCCUGGGCACUGAGAGACGACUGGACGAGUAUGAAGAUAAUGACCUCCGGGGGCCAUCGUGGAGGAGGCAGUUCCCACCGCGGGACGUCCAUGGGAUCAGUAUGAUGCCCGGCUCAGCAGAGACCCUCCCCGCUGGCUUCCGCGUCACCACCGGCUCACACUCCCGUAGGCUACCCCCCGAAGUUGGCCCCUUAGCAGUGCAGCGUCUGGACAGCUCUACAGUGAGGACCUACUCCUGCUGAGGGAGGAGAAGAGAGACUGUAAGCUGUCCAGAUACUGUAUGUAGAGAAGGUCUUACUGUACCUUGGAGCUGCUGGAUGGGUCAUCCUGCCUGGAACAAACAUUCUGACGAGACGCACUGCCAAGAAGCACCCCCUUUACCUACCCUCCCACCCAAACUACCCCUGAAAAAGGGGGGCAG